AUGCUGCGACUGUUACUGGUAGCUUUAAACAGCUGUGAAACGAUAGUCGUUGAACUUUUCAUUUUUAUUACGUUUUCAGGUCCUCAUGGACCUCCGACAUAUUUCCAUAAGGCAUGUAUCGGCAACGAAACCUUUGCAUGCAACGACGGGCGAUGCAUACCUCGAUCUUGGCGAUGCGACGGUGAUAUAGACUGUAAGAAUGAAGAGGACGAGAAAAAUUGUACAACAACUUGUGGUCCUGAAGAGUUCCAAUGCGCAAAAGAUCAACCGACACCUGCAUUUAAACCAGCCAUACAUCAUUCUUGCAUACCUUCACGAUGGGUUUGCGAUGGCGAAUUCGACUGCGAUGACAGAAGUGACGAGCGGAAUUGUCCUGAUGUAAAGUGUACUGAGAACCAGUUCACGUGUUCUGAAUUCGAUGGUCAGUUCAAGCUGUGCAUACCAAAGUCUUGGCAGUGUGAUGGACAGAAAGAUUGCGCAUCUGGUGCUGAUGAAGAGAACUGUGAAAAACGGAAAUGUGAGGAAAACGACUUCCAAUGUGCCAACGGCAUAUGCAUUUUCAAAAACUGGGAGUGCGAUGGUGAGGACGACUGUGGAGACCGAUCUGAUGAAAGCAAUUGCACUGCGACGCCACAACAGAUCUGCGAUUCAAAGCAUAUGUUCAAAUGCCAUAGUGAAGGGUGCAUAUCAAAGGAUUGGGUAUGCGAUGGCGAAGCGGACUGUUUCGAUCAUUCCGACGAGCGUAAUUGUACAGACACGCCACAUGAGUGUGCCCAUCCGGAAACGGAAUUUGCAUGCGCGUCUGGGCGGUAUUGUAUAAACAAAAUGUGGUAUUGUGAUGGCGAAGAAGACUGUCCAGAUGGAAGUGACGAGCGGAAUUGUGCAUCAGCAAGGGAAUGCGUGAAAGGCGAGCGAAAGUGUCCUGGCAGUAAUCUUUGUAUUUCAGAAAGCCAGUGGUGUAACGGAGUUGAGGAUUGUCCAGAUGGCUCAGACGAAAUGCACUGCCCGAGGAACGGAACAGUUGAAUCGUGUGAUGCGAAUACUCAGUACACGUGUCCCACUAACCCUCCAGUUUGCGUCAAGUACAGUGAUCUCUGUGUAAAACGUGGCCACAACGACUGCGGUGACGAUAUCACUUGCGCGAAGAAUAUCACAAUUUGUGCUGAAAAGAGUGACUAUUGCGAUUGUCAUAAUUCCUUUGUCAAGAAUGUGAAAGUUUGUCAUUGUCGAGCGGGUUUCCGUGUAGUCGAUGGAAAAUGUGAAGAUAUAAAUGAAUGUGAACAACCGGGAGCUUGCGAUCAGAUUUGCGUAAAUACUCCUGGUAGUUAUGUUUGUCGAUGUCACCAUGGCUACAAGCUUAGCCGAAGUCCGAAUUCAACCGUCCCUAAUAGAUGUAGAGCAUUGGGUGGUGAUCCGCUUCUCUUGCUCAGUAACAGAGCGACAAUAAGACAGUUCGAUCUUGUCACAAAUGUCCACGUUCCACUCAUUCAGAGCCCAGGGUCAGCAGUUGCCAUGGAUUUCCAUCUUGAUAAUGGGACCCUAGUUUGGUCGGACAUAGCACUGCAAAAAAUUCUUAUGUGCAAAAUCGGCAAUGAUUCAGUGCAUCACCAUUUAGCCGUUAGGGAGAAGUGUGCCGAAGGCGAACAAAGCGUACUUCUUGAUUCUAAUGUUCAUACUCCUGAUGGAUUAGCGGUUGACUGGGUUCACAAUCUUCUGUUCUGGACUGACGGAGGCCUUGACCAGGUCAACGUGAUGGAUUUGGAAACACGCCGAAAGCGCACUCUUUUCUAUGAUGGCUUGGAAGAGCCUCGUGCUAUAGCAGUAGAUCCUCAAAUGGGCCUCAUUUUCUGGACUGAUUGGGGAAAGGAAGCUCGCAUCGAACGUGCGGGUAUGGAUGGACAGCACAGAACGGUCAUUGUGAAAGGAGAGCGUGUUAAGUGGCCGAAUGGUCUUGCUCUUGAUUAUAUUGACAAGCGUGUGUAUUGGGCGGAUGCCAAAGUGAAAUCAAUUUUCUCAUGCGAUUACUGGGGCCGUGACGUGAAGAUUAUUCUUCAUUCACACCAGUAUCUGCGUCAUCCGUUUUCCAUCGCUGUUUUUGAAGAUCGUAUUUACUACACCGAUUGGGAACACGACGGAGUUAUCACGAUCAACAAGUUUACUGGAGGUGAAAUGCGUACGGUGAUGCAAAAAGUUUCGACACCCAUGACGGUCAGGAUCUAUCAUAGACAAGCGCAGCCUAAAUUUGAUAACAAGUGUCAAAACUCUGGAUGCGAACAGAUGUGUUUGCCUCGAGCAGUCUACCGUAAGACAGAAAAAGAUCUUGAGGUUGAGUGGCAUGAUCGUCCUUACGCAUGUAUGUGUCAAGGGGAUACUCCUGCUGACCUUAUUGAAUGUGCAGUGGAUAUUGCAACUGGUGGAGCUGGACGUGGAUUCUCCCUAAGCACAAUGCUUUUCUUCUUGAUGAUGGCCAUUUUCGCGGUAAUGGGUGUUGUGUAUUAUCGUAAGCGCAAUUCUUCUGGUGCUUUCACUGCUCUGAAUUUCGACAAUCCGAUCUAUCGUCGAACAACUGAGCCCGACAUGGAUGAUCCAUUCCGCGAUCCUUUCACUGAAAACAGUGGAGUCCAAAUAGGCCCUGGUAACGCUCGUUUGGUAUUAGCCGAUCCAGAAGAUAACGUUCACAACUCUAUGAUUGAGCCAAUGGACCGUCCUUUAACUACGUAA